GUAUCGAACGGCUCGACAUUAAAAAAAAUCAAUAGGUAGGACGUAUGCUAUGCCACCACUUUGCGACUCGUUUAUCAACGACAAAAUAAAGUUGGAAAAAUUCGUAUUCACGUAACAUAAUCAGUCGUAAUAAUUAGUGGCGGCGUAGCAUAUACCGAGCGUCUAUUAGUCGUACGUGUUCGUGUCGUGACGCAUAUUGUGUGUACGCGUACACUGUAGGUACUUACUACUCGGUGCUUGGUGCCGGUUUAUCGAUUUAUGUUCUUACGGUCUUACUUCUUACCUUUUCAGUUUUUGAAACGCGCGUACGUUUAAGGCUGACCUGUUUCGACGUCUUUGCUGGUCUUGUACGAAUUGUUGUAAUUGUCCGAUAAACAUUUGUCAAGCCACAACGAUGGAAGACAAGUCGAUUGAUAAAGCGGCUAUUGUAAAUCCGGCGAGACGAAUUCCGCCUGGUUAUAUGGAACAACAGCCUUCACUACACACUAACCAAAUACACUUGCAGACGGAUUUCACGUCUCCGCCACCUACACAUCCCCAUGGGAUCUGGCUACAAUCUUUUUCCGAUCCAUGGCAAACACAGUUCCGUAUGCCCACUCCUGCGCCACAGGCCAACACAACCGUUACAAGCACUACAACAGGCAAUAACAAUCCUCCCACGUUCAGUUCAUCCAGUAACAGAACUAGUUAUAGUUCUUAUAGAUCACCUUUGGCACACCGGAGGUCGUUCGACAACAGUGCAUGUCAACAAACACCCCAUCAGUAUGGGAAUACCCCAAGAAACAAUUAUCCAAGACAGUUCUCUCAAAAUGCUAAUUUCUUUGCUAAUUCUCCACAGAAUCUACAAAUGCCAUCAUCAUCAUCAACUCAAAAUUGGCCUCAAUUUAAUCAAAGACCUCGGUUUGUACCAAGACAACAUAUGCGUAUGAAUAGGCCUCGUAGUUCCAUUCAAAAUCAAUCAAAUAGAACUUAUCAGGAAACAAAAAUUGUGAUUGAAUGCAAAACACGGAAGCGCAAAUUAAAAUCACAACAAUUUGGGGAACCACGGCUUGCUCAAAGACCAUGGAAUCGCGAAGAUGCCGUAAAAGCAAUCGCUGCCGAGAUGAAACUUCAAACACCUAAAAACAAUCGACAAAUCAUGAUCAAAUUUCCAGAUCAUCAAAUUACGCCGCAAAUUGUUCAGAAUUUUCAUACUGACAUUAAAUCCGUACAUUUCCAUACACCAAGUAGUCCAAGGUAUUGUUAUGUGCAAGUACACCCAAGUGCAAAUAUUGAAAAAGUUGUAAAUGAGCUAAAUGAAACUUUUUUCCAACAUGAAAAAUUGAAGGUAGAAAUCAAAGAAAGUCAGUCUGAAGUAAAGACAUUGCCGGAGAGCAUUGAUCCAUAUACAUUAUAUCUUGGAAAUUUGCCAACAAAUAUCUCAUCUAAUGCUGUUAAAGAUGAAUUUCCAAAAGCCAUUAAAGUUGACGUUGGGUUUGCUAGAAAACUUACAUUCGCAAGACAUGCAUUUAUUAAAUUUUCUAAUGUGGAAGAUGCGAUACAGGCGUAUAAAGAAAAAUAUAAUUCGGUUAUUGAUGGCCGACCGGUUAUGUUAAGAUUUAGACGUAGCAAAAGAAAUGUAAAUUCACCUGGACAGGUUGAUAAAUUACCAAAUGAGAUGAAUGAAUUUGAUAUACAAAGUUUACAAAAAAAAAUCAAGACAGAACCUAAAGAAGAAAAUAUUGAUGAAUAUAGUCCUUUUCCAACUAAUUUAUCGGGAGUAGCUAAGACUGAAAUGAUGGAAAAGAAUGAAUAUGAACCUGAUUCAAUUAAUACAUCGAAAGUAGUUAAGACUGAAAUGAUGGAAGAGAAUGAAUAUGAAUCUAUACUAUCUGAGGAUGAUAUUAAUAUAAAAACUGAGUGUCCAGAUUAUGAAUAUGAAUAUGAUGAACAAUAUUAUGAAGAGGAAGAUACAGAUAUAUCUUAUACUUUCCGAAGAAAUGAAACACUAGUUGAGGAUGAAGAUAGACGAUGGAAUGAAAACCCUGAUGACAAAGAUGAGUUUGAUGUGCCAUAUUCAUUUGUAUCAAAAAAUCAAGAUGAAAUUGAUGAUGGGGGAAGCAACAAAGAAGAUCAAAGAUGGAACAAUUUAUCAGAUGAUAAUAAUGAUGAUAAUGAGAAACAAACUAAAGGUGUCGAUCAGCAUGGUCAGAAAUAAGGGGAAGAAGAAAUACAAAAUUAAGUUGAUAAUAGUAUGUAGUUAUAGUUUUAAGAUAACUCAUCGGAUAUCAUACUGAUACUCUACAGUCAUCAGCCCUUAGAUGAGUCAUACUGUCAUGUACUAUAGUCUGUUCACCGAGAGUUGA